AUGACUGGUCGCGGCGGCGGAGGCGGCGGGCGCAGAGUCCUACUCCCACCUAUCAACUUCAUCUUCAAGCUACUCCAGCAGCACAACACCGUGUCGAUUUGGCUAUUUGAGCAGGUCGGGAUCAGAAUAGAGGGCAAGAUUCGCGGUUUCGACGAGUUCAUGAAUCUGGUGAUUGAUGACGCGGUUGAGGUGAAGCAGCCUGGAAAGGGCCAGAAGGCGGAAGAUGUGAAGGACCAGAGACGGCAGUUGGGUGAGUGGAUUGUUUGAAAUGGGUGAGACGCAGGGAGUGGAUGUGCUGACUGAAAUCCAGGUCAAAUACUGCUCAAGGGAGACAACGUGUCUCUCAUCCAGAGCCUAGACUAG